CUAUCUCUCGUCUCUCCUCUCUCACAAAAACUCUCGCCGCCGUGAAAACUCAAAUUUAUCGACGGAACCAUGUCUACCGGAGAAGAAGCUCACACAGCAAUGGCAGAGAGAGGUAAUAGAAAGAGAAGAGUCGGCGUAAAGAAAGGUACCAAAGCGGCGAGGAACAAAAAGUUAAAAUCGAAACCUUCUACUUCCGAUAGGUUUAAAGUUACAAUGAAGAAUCAAAAGCUUUUUCAGAAGAGAGCACGAGAAUACAAUUCCGAUGAAGAAGAAGAAGAUGAAGCGAAGAAGCAACCAGAAGUAACAAUUCGUGAGAAGAUCUUCUCUGAUGCGAACAUGGGACCAAAUUACGAUGUAAUUGAAGAAGAUGAUGAUUCAGAUAGAGAUGAACAUUCAGAUGGUGAAGAUCAUGGAGAGAUUGAAUCUGGAGUUACUAAGUUUGCUACUGAUGGAUGUAAUGCUUUUAAAAUCGCUUUUAAAGCUAUUAUGAAGAAGACUAAAGGAGAUGAUGUGUUGGGUCCAGUUUUAUCAGCACAUAAGCAUCUUAUUGCAGAGAAGCUAGCUGAAGAAGAUGCUGAGAAGAAAGCUAAAGGUCAAGCUAAAAAGGCUAAACAUUUGAUUGCUGAGAAAGGACAUGUUAAACCUGGAAGUUAUUUGGAUGCUAAUGAAAAGAUUCUUAUUGGUGUUGCCACUAAAGGAGUGGUCAAGCUUUUUAAUGCUGUAAACAAAGCUCAACAUGCUCAGAAGGGUUUGAAUCCUUCAAGGGCUAAAGACGCUAAAGUGCUGAAGAAGCGAAGAAAAGAAGCAUUCUUCUCUGAGUUAGGGAAAACAAAACCAGACACUAAGGCUGAGAAAUCCUCAAAUGAUGAUGAAGCUCCUGCUUGGGCUCCUCUACGUGAUAAUUACAUGUUAGCUAAUCCAAAGCUGAAGGACUGGGACAAGAAACAGGAAACAAGCGAGGGAGAUGAUUUUGCAGGUUUGUCAGGAGAUGAAAGUUAUGAAGACUGAAGAGCUUAAAGUAGUAGCAAACCCUAAUUUUGUCUUUGUAAUGCAAGCAUUUUUGUCUGAUCAAUAUAAUUAUAUGAAUGAACUAAGUUUUUUGAUAGUGAAAUGUUAUCAAAAAGUUGUCA